AUGACAACUUUACGUGAACGCCAACUAAAUGCCUUGAAGCAGAUGCUAAAUUUGAACCAACCAUUAACGAAAGCUGUCGCUACGGAACCUACUUGGAAAGUUCUAAUUUAUGAUAGAGUUGGUCAAGAUAUCAUAUCCCCUUUAAUUUCUGUGAAAGAACUGAGGGAAUUAGGCGUUACUCUGCAUGUGCAGCUUCAUUCUGAUAGAGAUCCCAUACCUGAAGUGCCAGCAGUAUACUUCUGUUCACCAUCUGAAGAAAAUCUUGGUCGCAUUUGUCAAGAUUUGGACAAUGGUAUAUAUGACCAAUACCAUCUGAAUUUUAUUUCGCCAAUAACAAGGCAGAAACUAGAAGAUCUUGCUGCUUCAGCAAUCCAAUCUAAUGCAGCAUUAUCAAUACACAAAAUUUUCGACCAGUAUCUGAAUUUUAUAUGUUUAGAAGAUGACUUGUUUAUAAUGAAACACCAACAGUCUGAUGCUUUGUCAUAUUAUGCCAUAAAUAAAGGAGACACCAAAGAUACAGAAAUGGAAGCUAUCAUGGAUGAUAUUGUUGAAAGUUUAUUUUCAGUAUUUGUUACUCUUGACAGAAAUAUAGAUAUGGCAACACCUUUGCAUCAUACAUGGACCUACCAAGCUCUGGCACAUGAUGUCUUAGACUUAUCUUUGAACAGAGCAGUUGUACCAGAACCUACAGCUACUGCUAUACCAGUGCAGAAGUCUAAAACGCGAAUAUGUGAUCUUGACUCCAGAGAUCCAUUAUGGUCUGAACAUAAAGGUAGCCCAUUUCCAACAGUAGCUGAAGCUAUACAGGAGGAUUUAGAUAAAUACAGGAGCUCAGAGGCGGAGGUGAAGAAAUUGAAAAGCUCCAUGGGUCUGGACGCCGAAAGCGACCUGGCUCUAAGCCUGGUGAGCGACAACACCCAGAGGCUCACAAGUGCAGUUAACUCCCUUCCACAGCUGAUGGAGAAGAAGCGGCUCAUCGACAUGCACACAACGAUCGCCACUGCGAUCCUUAACGCAAUAAAGUCGCGCCGACUCGACUCGUUCUUCGAGCUAGAAGAGAAGAUAAUGAGCAAGAGCAGCGGCAUAGAGAACAAGGUUGUGAUGGACUUGAUAGCGGACGCUAGCGCCGGCACACCCGAGGACAAGAUGCGGCUGUUCAUCAUAUAUUAUCUGUGCACGCCACAGAUAACAGAUGACGAGUACAAAAAGUUCGAGGCGGCCUUACUUGCCGCGAAUUGCGACAUCCAACCUAUGGCCUAUAUGAAGCGGUGGAAAGGUUUCACAAAGAUGUCGAGUCAAUACGAAGGUGGUGGCACAAAAACUGUUUCUAUGUUCUCGAAGCUUGUUUCGCAGGGGUCAUCAUUUGUUAUGGAGGGUGUCAAGAAUUUAGUCGUCAAGAAACACAAGCUGCCGGUGAGCCGCACGGUGGAGGCGGCGCUGUGCGGCGUGGAGGGCGCCGAGCUCUUGUGGCUGGACCCGCGCGCGGCGCGCACCGACGCCGCGGCGAGGUCGCGCGCGGCCCGCCACCCGCCGCCCGCCGACGCGGUGGUGUUCGUGGUGGGCGGCGGCAGCUACAUCGAGUACCACAACCUGCUCGACUUCGCCAAGCAACAAGCAACAAGCGGUGUGUCGAGAAAAAUCAUCUAUGGUGCCACGACGUUGCCCAAUGCUUCUCAAUUUUUAAAACAACUUUCUCUCCUGGGCGAGGAGAUCCAA